CCCGAGGCGCCCCCUGACCGCGCUGCAGCAGCUCCCGAGGCGCCCCCUGACCGCGCUGCAGCAGCUCCCGAGGCGCCCCCUGACCGCGCUGCAGCAGCUCCCGAGGCGCCCCCUCCGCCUGCUGACCCGGUUCCUGUCCCUGGCCCCGCUCCUGUCCCUGGCCCCGCUCCUGUCCCUGGCCCCGCUCCUGUCCCUGGCCCCGCUCCUGUGACUCCUCUGCCCUUGCCUCGGCGUCCUCGGCCCCGACCGAGGGGCGUGAUGUCCGUGUCCCGUAAGGGGCGGGGACACAGACGCAGGGCUGGGGUCCCGCCCGCCCUGCCCCCUGGCUCGCCCUGCCUCGCCUGCGCUGGGGCUCGGGUGGCGCCUGCGGGUCCUGGCCCUCCGGGUCGGCUGUCGCCUGCGGGUCCCCCUCCGAUGCCUCGUCGCCCUGCCUCGCUCCCCCCUCCGGUGCCUGGUCGGUCGCCGGGGGGCUCCCCGACGGCGGCUCCUCGGUUGCCUGCGGGGCCCCUACCUCCGGCCCUCCACCGGACGUCGCCGCCUGCUGCGGCUCCCCCCUCCUCUGGGCCUUCGCCGUGGGCCCCUCCUGCUCCCUCGUCCCCUUCCCCGGUGCUCCCUCCUGCUUCCUCCCUGGCCCCUCCGCGGGUCCCUCGCCCUGCCUCCUCGGCCCCUCCGAGGUCCCCUCCGGCUCCGGCCUCCCGGCCGCCUGCGGCCCCUCCGGCUGCCUCCCGUCGCCCGCAGGGGCUCCCUCGGGCUCCCCUUCCUUCCUCCUCCUUCUCUCCCUUCUUUCCUGUCUCUGUCCCGCCUGUCCUUGUUCCUCCUCCUGCCUUUGUUCUGCCCCGCUGUGUUCCUGGUUUCCCGUCGUUCCCUCCCGUCACUCCCGCUCCUAUUGUUCCACCUGUUCCCUCUGUUCCUCCCUUCCUGGUCUGUCUGUCGGCUUUUCCUGUCUUGUGUAGUGUCCUGUCCUGGCUCCUGCCUCUUUGUCAGUUUUGCCUGUCUGUCUUGUUCCCUGUUCCCCGUUGAUUUUUUUUGCCCUUGUCUUUCAGGUUCUGGUUUCCCGGUCUCGUCCCGCCCUUCGCCUCCUCCCGGGCGCGCCCGGUGUAGCGCGCCUUUGGGGGGGGGUUCUGUGACGCCCGCUCCGUCCGCUCCUCGUGUGUGCCACGCCCCCUAAUUACCCACGUGUGAUUUCCUGAUCGUGCCCAGUCGUGUCUUGUUUCCUGUUGCCUUGUUUCUUGUAUUUAAGUUCCUGUUGUGUACUAAUCCAGUGUCUGUCAUUGAUGUUAGUCACGUCAGAUGUUCCCUGCUACCCGUUCCCCCCGAUUCCCUUAUUAAAACCCCAGUUUGCCCCGUAAUUCGCCUGUCUGCCUGCUUCCUGACUGCUCACCUGCCUGUUCGCCUUACCGGCUUCCAGCGUCCCGUGACAAAAACGAGCUCUGAAGAAACUGGUUAACAACCAGCAGAAUGACUGGGACAUCUAUCUGGAUGCAACAUUAUUUUCUUUAAGGUCAAAGGUCCAUACAACCACUAAACAUUCACCAUUUCUGCUUAUGUACGGAAGAGAGGCAGUGUUUCCUUCACAGGUUCCCAUUGAAUUGCCACUUUCCACAAUCAUCCUCCCUGAUGAAGCAAGUUACGGUGAGUUCAAACAGUUGAAAAACAAAACAAUGGAGGCCAUUAAAGCUACCACAGAAGAAAAUAUAAAGAAAUCACAGGAAAAGCAACAGGCAGCUUAUGUGAAAAGGGUGCAAAAGUUGGAAAAUGUUGUACAAAGUUGGAGAUGAAGUUCUUUUGGCCAACAUAAGAAAAUAUGGAAGGAAGGGUGGCAGAAUGGAACCUGAUUUCUCUGGACCAUACACUAUAGAGACAAUCAGUGGGAAAAUUGUAACACUAAAAAAUCGCGAAGGAGCAAUAUUGAGAAACAAAUAUAACAUCAGCCACCUGAAGCCAUACAGAAGGAGCUCACAACCCACUACACAACCCACUGAUCCAUUCAACGACCCUCCUUGUGUGGAACGAGUCAAGCCCAUGCUAAGACCUCAGCAGUCUUUGGACAAGGCCAAUGACCCAGAGUGAUGAUGCUUUGGGCUGCAAAGGACACUGGGAGGGUUGAAGCAGUUGUUGGCCCAUACAAACUGUAUGAUCAUUCUUUUCGCACCCUGCAGGGGAAUGAGUGGCUUUCGGAUGAAGUUAUUAAUGCAUAUGUGCACUACAUUUUGGAGAAACAACAGAUGAAAUUUCCUGUGGUGGAGAAGUGGGCAUGCCCCGUGAAUGUUGGAGCCCAUUGGAUACUUGUGGUUGUCGACAUUCCCCUCAAAAAAAUCAUUCUGAUGGACCCAUUUGGAAAUGAAGCCUCCUAUGAGAGGAGAAUUUUGCGCAACUGGAGGAAUUUUAUGAAACAGAGAGGGGAUGAUGAGAACAGAGCAACAUGGACAGUAGCAACCCUGCAACACAACAAGCAGAGAGAUGGUAGCAGUUGCGGCGUUUUCAUUUUGAAGUUUGCUGAACAUCUCCUUUCAGAGGGAGACAUCAGUCGAGUUCAGACGACUUCAGAUUUUGUGACAAAUGCCCGAUUGGAAAUAGCCUGUUCCCUCCUGGAAUAUCAGGGUCCAAUGCGACCACUGCAACAGAUGGGCACAUUUUCAAUGUGCAAAUUUUGAUCCAAAGAAUCAGUUUGCUUUCAUUUGUACAAAGUGUUUGUGAAAGUUUUUUUUUUUUCUUUUU